AUGAGUCAAACAAUAACUGACGUAGCCUCAGCUAGCACACCAAAUCCUACAACUAAAUCAAAUUUGACAACAGCUCUAAUGAAUACUACAUCAUUCACAACAGUGACAACAGUAAAAGGAACUCCUAGACCAGCUUCAUCGACGCUUUCUGAAACAUCAAUGAAUUCAUUAACAACAAAGUCUACACAAGAACCAACAACACAGUCGUCAACAGCAGGUUCUCUUUCUUCGACAAUACAUGUAUAUUCAACGGAAGCAGAAACAAGUACUGCCUCUUCAAAUGGAGUAAAAACAAUGACAUCUAUAAUUCAUUCGUCACAUUCUACAACAUUUUCAACGACAUUAUUUCCUAUCAAGAACGAAACAAUUUCUGAGUCACUUUCAUCAGCGAUAACAACGACAAAAACAACAGAACCCACUUCACGUGAUAAAUCUGCUGGAUCAACAUCGACAACGACACCUGUUGCCAUUUUACCGUUUAAUUUAACUUCAUCAUCUACAGACUUAACAACACAACGGACUACAACAAUACCAAGUAAAUCAACAAAAACAGAAACGCUUAUAUCUACGUUUGAAUCUUCAUUAAACUCAACACAAAGUAUGUCACAAACAGCGAACACACCACACUCAACCAUGCCAACAACAGCUUCGACGGCUACACCAGAAUCGAUUACAAUAACCACAAUUACAUCAGAUGCCACAAUGCCAACACAAGAAAAUAAAUCAACAGAUGUAAGAACAUCGGAAUCAAAAAUAACAUCAACGACAUCAACCGAAAAACAAGCAAAAUCAGAAGCAACAUUUACUCAGACAUCCAUAGAACAAGCAACAUCAGAAGCAAAUUUUACUCAGAAAUCUACAGAAGAAACACAAACAACGGACAAACCAACAACAGAUGCAUCAACUCCUAUAGUUACACAUACAGACUCAAUAACAAAUGUUGUAUUCACAACCUCCAUAGAGACACCUACAACAAUACAAGGAAUUUCAACAUCAACUCCAACAACACCACCACAACAAACGACAACAAUGACAAUAUAUUCAGCACAAGUGUCAACAACACCAACAGGAACUUCAACACAAAUGUCAUCAACACAAACAACGCAAAAAACGACAACACCAACAACUCAAACAUCAACACAAGAAGAAUCAACAUCAAUGAAAUCAACGACACAAACAAUAACGUUAAAUUCAACAACAGCGUCUACGGCUACAACAGAACCGAUUACAGUGACCACAAUCACAUCAGAUGCCACAUUGCCAACACAAGAGAAUAAAUCAACAGAAGCAAUAACAACGGGAUCAACAACAACAACAACGGCAGCAAUAGUAAGAAAUGUUACUGAAACACCAACAACCAUAACAACUGAUACAGCAGCGACAUUGACAAGCAGUGCAACCAUGUCUGGAAUGGAAUCAAGUACAAUACCAAGGGAGCAAACGACGGAAUAUCAAACUACAUCAGACACAACAACUUUAAAUGAUAAAACUUCCCUCGUAUCUACUACUACCACUACUACAGAAGAAAUAACGACUGCUGUUGUAACAGUAGAAACCGAAGAACAAACGGCAUCAGAAACAACAGUUACUCAGACAUCUAUAGAAGAAACACAAACAACUGACAAACCAACAACAGAGGCAUCAACUCCCAUAAUUAUACAUACAGAAUCAAUAACAAGUGCUGAAUUAAUAACCUCGUCAGAGACACCAACAACAACACAAGAAAGUUUAUCAUCUAUUCCAUCGACAUCUACAUUACGAACGACAACAUAUUCAACAAAUGUGUCAGCAUCACCAACAAUGAGUUCUACAUUCGUGUCAAAAACAUCAACAACGCAAGGGACAACAAUAACAGCAAGUGACACAACAACACAAGAAGAAUCAACAUCAAUCACACCUACGGCAGAAACAACGAUAACAAUAAAUCUAUCAAACAUGUCAACAGCAGAAGAAAACACCUCCACAGAGGAAACAUCAAGAACCACAACUAUGAAUCCUUCAACAACGACGGAAACUACACUAACACCAACAAUAAGUUCUGAAUCAACAAUACAAAUUAUAACAAAUUCGACGGAAACAACAGAAACUAUUAUCCCUUUACCCACGGAAAUGACAUCAACUCUAAACCCUACAGCAGAUUCCACAACCUCACAAAUUAUAACAACACAAUUACCCUCAACGAUACAAGUAAUUGCAAAUCUGACGGUAAAUAUAACGUCAACUACUAUUAUUGAGGGAGGAAAUGGUGCCACUGAGUGCAAUUUCUUGAAGCAGAGUGCAAGAGAUAUUGUAAAGGUCAUUUGGUUGAAAAAUGGAUUGAUACUUCAAAACUCAAAGUUUAUAACGAUUAAUACAAAGUGUACUAACAUUUCCUGUAAUUCAACAUUAAGGUUUCUUCAAAUAAGCAUUCUAGUAAAAGGACAGUAUACGUGUAACGUGGAAGUAAAUGGACCAGGAAUAUAUUACAGCGGAACAGCAGAUAUAAGUAUACAAGUGAAGCAGACACCUGUUUUGGUGAUAAAGCCAAUUACCUCUUCCGUUGUUGAAAACCGUAAAACUAAUAUCAGUUGUUACAUCCGAAACAAAAAAGACGCAUACAUCAAAUCAAAUACGACCUUGAUUUUGUGUUUUAACAAUUUGACUGAAAUCACCGGUACUACUGGGAAUGAAUACAACUUAACGUACACGUUAACUGCUCUACAAAGUUCCACAAACUACAAUAUAACCUGUGGACUUGGAAACUGCACAAAUUUUGGAAAAUACUCUGCAAUAACAGUUGUGAAGCCAGAAGUUAAACUUUGUGUGGAAGAAAACAUAUGGCCAAGUACAAAAUCCGGAGACGAAGCUACGGCUCCUUGUCCAGAUAAAUAUAUUGGUAUUCAAAAGAGGAAAUGUAACAAUGCUGGUCUGUGGGAAAGUCCAAAUAGAGAUGACUGUAAGCAGGAAGAACUAGAAAAGAUUGAAAAUGCACUCAACACUGAAUCGAAUGACGCAGAUGAGUUUUCAGGAGAUGUCAUUGAGUCAUCAUUAUCUGCUAUAUCUUCUGUCGUGAACAAUACGUCAACCGCUCAGGAGGACACAAGUAUGGCUCACGUGAACAUCAUACAAAGUGUCGACCUUAUAUCGAAGAUAUCGAACAAAAACAUCAAUUUUACCGAUCACCAAGCUGCCGAGAAAACAACAGAAACAUUCAUUGGAGUUGUUAGUAAUAUCUUGGACACAGGAAGGGAACACGUAAAAGACCCUACUAAGGAAAAAGAGGUUACAGGUAAAAUACUGUUGUCUGUUGACGGAUUUGCAAAGUCUGUAACGAAGUCUCUCGCAGUGAACCAGACAGUAAAGGUUGAGAAACAGCAUCUUUUGUUGAGCAUUGAAAGAAUUCCAAAACAGAAGAUCGUUUUUCCAAAGGAGACUGAAAAUUUAACUGAUUCUGUUACAAGGUUCACAUUGCCUGAAUCUGCAUUACAAAACAUUGGAGAUAAUACUGUUGCAUUUACAGCAGUAAAAUACGAUAACAUUGGGUCAAAGUUUGAUACCGAAAAUUCUGGCAAAAGGAACUCAACAAUCGACUCGAGUGUUUUAUCGCUUACUGUGGACAAUUUGGACGCUGGACUUUCUGGUAACAUCACGCUCACCUUUCAAAGAAUUUCAAAAAACGUGUCAGCCAACAACAGCAUCUCGGAGUGCGUCUUUCUUUAUGAACCAAAACACUUAUGGAACAAGACGGGCUGUACUGUUUCCACUUCCCUUUCCGAUAGUUCACAGACAGUGUGUGAGUGUAAUCAUCUGACAAACUUUGCUAUAUUAAUGAGUCUGCAUGAUACUGAGGGUAAAAAGAUAUCAGCAGAGGAUAAGAAAUGGCUGACAAUGAUUUCUAUCGUUGGAUGCAGUUUUUCAAUAGUUGGAUCAGUUGCAACAAUUGUCAUAUACCUGUAUUUUUGGAGGUAUAUAAAAUCUCGUCGAUCUGUACUAAUUAUCAACCUUUGUGCGGCCUUGUUCUUUGCCUAUAUGUUGUUUCUAACCGCUGGAAAUCAAACUAAGAAUGAGACCGGAUGUACUAUCAUUGCGGCUCUACUUCAAUACUUUUUCCUUGCAAUGUUUUGCAUCAUGCUGGCCCUGGGCAUUGAUCUUGCAGUUGCCAUACUCGAUGUUUUCAGUACAAGAUCUAGUUCAGCUGUUUUACUAUUAUUGGGCUGGGGACUCCCAGCUGCUAUCGUUGGAAUUACUUUAGGAGCAACAGAACUGCAUGACAUAGGAAAUGAAACGUUUUGCUGGCUGAGAAAUAGUGCUCUUUAUGGAUUUAUUGUUCCCGCCCUGAUGAUUAUUUCGGUAAAUUUUGUCAUCGUUGCUUUGGUAAUGAAAACCAUGUUCUCUUCCUCUUUUAUGGUGAAAAAGUCUCUGAAAGAAAAGACAAUAAGCGGAGUUCGAGGAAUGAGUGCAUUAUUACCAAUCCUUGGGUUAACCUGGAUUUUUGGGAUUUUAUCAAUAGAUAGCAGCACAGUUGUCUUCGAAUAUUUAUUCGCCAUAUUUAACUCUCUACAGGGCCUUUUUAUUUUCCUGUUCCAUGUCCUUUUGAACAAUCAGGUUAGGCAAGCAAUGUCAAGAAAAAUAAGAAAAUACGAAUCAAGAACAUUAACAACUCGAACGUCCAAAAACAAAUUAGUUUCAAAAUCAAGUUCUAAAGAUUUAUACAGUGAAGAGGAAAUCAAAGAAGUCCGAAAACAUUCAGAAGGAUCCAUUAUUCCCAGGAUAACAUUGUCGAACCCUGUUUGCCGAGGAACAUCAACACCGUUUUAAAUAACAUGUUUUUGAAACUCUUCAUGUAUCAUCAUCAAUAUUCAGGCUUGGACGUUUUGAAAUAAGAGGAGAUGAACAUUUACGUGAAAUCUAGAUUCUGUUAUUUAUAAUUUUGAGAACAAAAUUUUGCUCCUUUUAUAUUUACACAACAACUAUGAAUAGUUAUAUUUCAAAAAUCAGUAUUAUAUUUCCUAAUUUAUUAAACUUCACGUAUAUAUAUUGACUACUAGUUUAAUAUUAUAAAAUUCUUUAUU